AUGGAUUAUUCUCAUAAUUUAUACACUGGUUCUUCAUUCCAACUACUCUUAUGGGCUUUAGACCCUCUAGUCAUUUUUGGAACUCAUUUACCAUCAGAUGAAAAUGAAAGCAAUAUAGGUGGAACAAACAAUAACAAAGAUAAUAAUAAUAAUAAUAAUAAUAACAGUACUGAACUUUUACUCGAUAACAUUACAGAUGAAGAAUUAAUAGAAAUUUUAACAUUAACAGACAUAGAUAAAUCAAUACCAAAAAUCACUUCAAACCAAUUCGAUAUAUUGAGAAAAAAAAUGUUUAGCAAAACUCCAUUAUUUAAAUCUUUUAACCCCUUCCUCAGAAUUACACACCAAUCGACAACCGAAUUGGCUAUCAUAGAAAGAAAAACUUCUAUCUUAACUCGAUCAAUAUUAAACCUCCAGAAAAACAAUUUAUUUGCAGAUUUAAAUUUUAUAAUAGAUAUUUAUUAUUGUAUUCUCGGUUUAAUUAUCAUUGAUUAUAAACAUUAUACAGACUUUGAUUGCAAUGAAGUAAACAUAAUGCUUGGUGGCUAUCAUUUUUGCCAAAAUCUUUAUUGA